AUGAUCAUCUCCAUGCCCAUGCAGCAGCAACAACAAGAAGUCAAAGACAUCAAGAUAACAUCAUCAUCAUCAUCAUCAUCAUCAGAUGAAGAAGAUCUAAUCUCAAAGACAUGCAACCAAACCUCCUACUCCGACGUCUGCAUGGCAACCUUCCUCAUCUCCAACUACACCAACACCACCAUCCAUGACCUCGCCUUUAUCUCCAUCAACGCCACCGCCGCAUACGCUGCCAACACCUCCGCCGUCAUCGCCGCCAUUCGUAACGGCUCCGCUGAUUUCUCGGAGCAGUGCCUUAGUGAUUGUUUGGAGCAGUAUGGGGAUGCGGUGGAUGAGCUCCAUGAGUCAAUGGUGGCGCUGGGGAGUUGUGAUUAUGAAACGGUCAACGUGAAGGUGUCGGCGGCGAUGACCAAUUCAGACACGUGUGAGGGUGGGUUUCAGGAUGAAGGUGUGUCGUCGCCGUUGACUGAAAGGAAUGAGCUUUUCUUUAAGCUUUGCAGCAACUCUUUGGCUAUUGUCAAGCUUCUUGUUUGA